AUGCCAGAUGCGUUAUUGGUCUGUCAAGAAAUGCAGGUGGCAAUAGAGACGCAAAGAUUUGGCUUUGAGCCAAUCGGAAGCUGUCCUGAGACUUUAUUGCGACUCAACCAUAGCGUGUCGAAAGAACUGUUCCUGCCUUGUACCGAAGAAGGCCAAUUUGUUCCGAGAAGGCGCAUACUGUAUGGUACGGUACAUGGCGAGAAGCUUACUGUAUACUUCUACAAUUUCAUGCCAUUCCUGUCAGCAGCGCUGAUGAAUAUGAUCGCUAGGGCGACUUCAUGGUACAACUCCCGAUCCAGGCUUGUGCGAGAGAUCGGUUUACACAAGAUGGGAAUUACACAUUUGUCUCCUUUGGAGCACUAUCAGUCACCUCCCGAAAACCCCUACCUCGUUUUGGUAUGGCGAAACCCAGAAGAACUAAUGGACAAGGACUACCCGCCAGAUGAUUUACAGGUGACAGCUAUCGACGCUUUGCCAAAAGGAUAUCCGGAGAGUCUCUUUCGAUUAUACCGUCGAGCAUGUCAUCCAUAUUUGUUCUUGAACCGAUCUCCCUGUCUAAUCCAAGACCAGCUGGAACAGAUGCGCUAUAUCAGGUAUGUACUCAACUUUGAUCAAUUCGUGAUUGACCAAUUUUGAAU